AUGGUUUCUCCAGCUACCGACACCGAUAACAAGAAAGCCAAAAGCAAGAGCGAGAAGGAUGUCGAUGAAGCGUUCCAAGCCCUCCUUUCGUCCCAGCGAGAUAUCUUAGCGCAACUGAACUUUAACAACUCGUCCUCUGAGCUUGAAUUCACCGAAGGACCUGAUAAUCUCCCAAUUAUCUCUCCUCAUGCUUCGUACUCCCAUUACGAUCCCCAAUACCCCUCCUUUGAGGAAGAUAUGGGUUUCCCUGGCGAAUCAUACCAACAAACCGUGGGGGUUGGCGAUGAUCGCUUCAUUCUCGAUCAAAUCACCAUUGGACCUGGCGAAGUAAGAGGUCCAGAGUUCUUUGAUGCGACACGUCCUGAUAUGCGAAUGCGACGACGAAGUCGCGAAACGGAACAAGAGCUUAUGGGGAGAGUGGCCCAACGAAAGAAACGUCGCAAUGACAACAUGACUUCUACCUUCUCAACAACACCUGCUCCCACCUUUUGUGACGACAUGCUUCCAGGACCUUCCGAAUUGGCUGAUCUGGAUGAGUCUUCUUCCUCUCUCCUUCUGGAUGAUCUCGAUUUUCCAUCCAUCCACUCGAAUACCGACCCGGGAAUGUGGAAACCACGAGAAAGGGCUGUCACGGAGGAUAGUUGCGAUGAAACGCUGAACGAAGAGGCAUCCACCCCUGAAAUGGAUUCAAAGCCGGCGGCUGCACAAGACGACAUGGAUAUUGCCGAGGACAAGGCGGAGGAAACGAUCAGCACAGAUGAACAGCCUUCUUUAAAGCCCUGUGUCUCCAUGGACCGUGACAACGGACGUCCUCGUCCACCAAGGCGAUCGCAACGUUCCUUGUGGAAGCCCAGGAGCCGGGAUAGCUUCACGGCGGGUAUGUCCGUUGCUGACCGGAGAUCUAUGUGGAAACCAAGAAAACGAGUUUCCGCUGCAUCGACCGGCCUCAACGAUUCCUGUGCAUCUCUUCAGAUGGAAGAUCUGGAAACGCCCAGGCGAUCCGUUCCCAGGACUGUAUCCUCCCAGUCGUCCCAGCGAAGCGCCAUGCAGGUCUCUCUGACGGAUGGAGACUUGGACCACGACACUGCCUGCGCCGACGAUGAGGCCGAUUUCAAGCAGAGUGUUUCUCGCACCUACUCUAGCGACUCUGCUUUUAGCCGUGGGGGUACUCCAACUGUCAAGGCCCUUUCGUCUGCACUACAACAGAGCAUUGGAAGCACCAAAACAAUUCAGGAAUGGGACCGUCAGAUGGGUCUCAAACGCUCGCACAGCAAAACGAUGAGACAAUCUUCGAAAUCACGAGAACGCCUUCUUGCUUUCUUCGAGUCUGACCAGGACGACCUCCCUGUUACCACCAUCGGGAUCCCAGAGGGAGAACAACAGUUUGAGGACAUGGAUGAGGUGGUCCCUACCGGUACUGUUAUGGAAAUAUGA